AUGACUUCACGAUUGGACAGGCUCCUCACCCUUCUCGAUUCAGGAACAAGCUCCUCAGUGAGGAACACAGCUGCAAAACAACUCGCCCACCUUGCAGUCAAGAGUGUCAUCAGCGAUGUCGCCAUUGUCGAGGACGAUAUUAAAACUGGUACAACUCGGCAGAUAGUAACUAACGACAGUGUGGCCUGGGCAGAGCUAAUGUCUGUUGUCGCGCGGAUCAUCCCCAUUUUACACUUGAAGACUUUUGAAGCGCGUACAGCGGCAUCUUCGGCUCUGUCCCAAAUCUUCUCCCUAGUCCCUCUUUGGGUUCCUCCAUCGGAGCGAGAGGGUCAUAUCGAUUCCUCAAAUACGACGGAAGAGGCAUCCAUUCCAGAAUUUCCCAAUUUCUCUAUCGAGGAGUUGAUCGGCCAAGGCAACUUGCUUUUGGCUUCAUCGGGCAAGGAAUUCGCGAAACCUACUGGCAUUUUCUCAACCGCGCAAGAGGUCAUUAAGGCGCGUAAAGCAGCAAUGACUCGCCUCGGCCUUGGAUUUCUGGAUGGUGUAGACGAUGACAUGGACCUCGACAAGGAAUUUGCUGCUGGGAUGGAAACCGACUCAUCUGCAGCUCCUAAUCCUGCCGACACAGCAGUAUCAUCCCCUAUGGAUGUCUGUCCUCCUGAGCCUAUGCCUGUGAAAGAAUCCUCUCCUUCUACGCGUUCCGUGACUCCGACUCUCCCCUCUCCUGCGUCCCCAGAUGUCCCACCCGAGGCUGAUGCUACCCCACUGUCUGCUCGGGAGAUCAAUCGACUGAAACGUAAGCGCAAGCCUGGAAAUUCGGCAUUUGUGGCACCCCCGCCUCAAACAGCUGGUGCUAAGUACGCAGCUGCUCCAAGUGGGCCUUCUUCUAAUAAAGCUCGCCUUCUCAACGCAGACGAAAAGACAGCGCCAAAUUCUCGGUUGUCCAGUCCAAUGCCUGGCGCGAACGGAACAGAUAAGACACCCGAUUCCAGUAACGGUGGUGCCAUCAUACCGAAGUCUGCAAAGCAAUCAAAAGCUUUAGAGGUCGAAAGUGGAGUCUGGGUUUGGGAUGGUGUUGUCAAAGUUCUGGAAGUCGACUUAUUUAGCCCUUCCUGGGAGGUUCGGCAUGGUGCUGCUAUGGCACUUCGAGAGUUGCUGAAGGUUCAGGGAAAAUACGGAGGGAUGAGAGACAACCUCUCGACGCAGGAGAACGCCAUCGCCCAUGAAAAAUGGUGCAACUCUCUUGCCGCGAAACUUUUGUGCAUAUUUGUGUUGGAUCGUUUCAGCGAUUUCGUGACCGACCAGGUCGUAGCGCCUGUCCGAGAGACAGUAUCGCAGACACUAGCCUCGUUGCUCAUCCAUAUGCCCCGCCGUUCUCUUUUACAUGUCCAUUCUGUUUUAUUACAAAUGAUUCGACAAGAAUUUUGUGGCAAUUUUCCGCAGAAGUCAAGAGCAGACUCGGACAAGGUUCACGUCUGGGAAGUUCGGCAUGCCGGACUUCUUGGAAUCAAAUACGAAGUUGCUGUUCGCAGCGACCUUGUUGACGGGCCGUCUGCGUCUGUGAAAUCUGAAGACGGCGAGUCGCAUGACAGCGGGCAUGACAUUCUUCAGGGCGUCGUCGAUGCUGCGAUAUUGGGGCUCGGCGAUCGAGACGAUGAUGUCAAGUCGGUCGCUGCUUCUUGCUUGCUGCCUGUUGCAGAGCAUAUCGUGAAGCAGCUCCCUGAAUCACUAGAAAAUAUCUUGGUUGUUCUCUGGCGUUGCCUCUGCGAUAUGAAAGACGAUCUCAGUUCCAGUGUUGGGGUAGUCAUGGAUCUAUUAGGAAAGUUGGUAGCAUAUCCUCGAGUGAUCGAGAUUUUGGGGCAAGAAAACUCCUCCUUACCUCUCUCAACUCUGGCGCAAACAUUAUUCCCUUUCUUCCGUCAUACAAUCCCCAACGUUCGCCUUCCUGUUGUUAAGACUUUGCACUCCUUCAUGUUUGUUCCAUCGUUGCCACAAGAUUGGAUUGCGACGCCGUUUUUGUCUCUCUUGUUUCAAAACUUGAUUUGCGAAGAACGCCCCGACAUUCGAGACGCCAGCCUUUCUGCAUGGCAAACUGCCUUAUCUAUCCUGACAAAAUCCGUUGGCCGGAUGGAAAAUGUUGUGACGCAACAGCUAAUCUUAGAGUGGUAUGCAAUUGUAAUGACACCUCUCGGCGUGGCCAUCGACGCAUCGACGUUCUACAACCCCUCAGUACAGGUUUCAGGCUCGCUCCCUCUGGAACGCCAUAAUGUGGACAAAAACAUGCUGGCUCAGGACCUAUCUCUUAUAACGGUUGAAGUCACGCUGAAGGCUAGAGUUGCAGCCGCGAAUGCCUUAGCUUAUCUGAUGACAUGCUGGCCAACAGAACACAAUCCAGUUGAUCAAUGUUUCAAACCCAUUCUUCUUCACUACAUAGACUCGACUAGUAUGCUGCAAAAACUCCUCGCUGCGACCAUAGCUGAAGAAUGGGCGAGGCAGUACGAUGUCAAGCAGGAACAAGAGUCCCAUAAGCCACUCCUCGAAUCAUCUUCUUUGGCGCAGGAGCUUACGGUAAAGCUUCUUGCAUGGCUGCAAGGCAAGCCUCCCCCUGCCUACCACGAGAUGGCAUUUGCUCUCAGUCGCAUCCAUGCCGACUGCGUGUCCUUACUUCACUUGUUCUCGACGGACUGCAAGCUGCCCACGUCAUCGAUACCCUUUCUCGGAAACGAAAUUGACAUCUCCGGAACUCAAGAAAAAUCCUUCACCAUAGAGAAAGCUAAUUGGGCCAUGGGAAGCGAGUAUAAUCGGCUGAAGGAUUCCUUGGGACGAACUAAGAAGAAAGAGUUAGCCGUCAUCGCAGACAAACGCAAUGCAGUGCUUACCAGCAUUGCUCGGUAUAAUGAAGUGAAGGCGCAAUACGAUAUUCGUGUCUCUGCUGCUUUUGCAGCUGCGUUUGUCGUUUUUAAAAGCACGCCAGAUAAAGUCAGUCCUGUCGUGAAAGGGAUAAUGAACGGCAUCAAGAGCGAGGAAAACACCGAUCUUCAAGCUCGCUCAGCUGCCGCGGUCGCGUCUUUCAUACACUUCUGUAUUGAGCAUAACAUAUCUCAGCCUCCCGACAAGAUCGUCAAGAAUCUAUGCACAUUCCUUUGUCAAGAUGUCGAGCAAACACCCACGUUCGCUUUCCUCCGCAAAGUCACUGAUGGGAUAUUGUCCUUCCCUACCACUAGCGCCUCAGCAGCUGGAAAGCCUAGUAAGGCUGCUAAUGGGGAUGCGAACCGAUCGGAAGUAGAAAGGAGUUCAGAAUCAGAAAAGGCUCGACUCGCGCGUCGAGGAGCCUGUCAAGCAUUUCAACAGUUAUCUGCCAAGUUCGGUGCUCGCCUCCUGGAUGUACUCCCGCAUAUGUGGCAUUCAAUGGCAGGAGGAUUGUUAAGCGCCUGCUCCACUGAAUCGCCCGAACAAUCGGAUGGAGCCAUCGAGAAGCAAUACGGUCAGGAUGUCAUCGAUUCUUUGAGCGUCCUGGAGGCUGUCAUUCCCACUUUCCAUGAAGCACUCUGGCCUAAACUUCAAGAGAUCUUUCCUAUGAUGGAGUUGGCCCUCAGAAGUCGCUUUGCGAUCAUUCGACAAGCUGCUGCUCGUUGCUUUGCCGUUGUUUGCGACGUGAUGGCUCCAGAGGCCAUGCGUUAUGUUAUUGAGAGGAUGAUACCUUUGCUCCAAGAUCCCUUGGUACUCACGAACCGACAGGGAGCAAUGGAGUUGAUUUACCAUAUCGUAAAUCGCCUCGACAUUAAGGCACUACCGUAUGUGAUUUUCAUGGUGGUACCAGUCUUGGGCCGAAUGAGUGACCCAAACGAUGAUAUACGUUCUACUGGGACCAAUACCUUCGCAUCUCUGGUAAAGAUGGUCCCGUUGGAGGUUGGACUUCCUGAUCCCCCCGGCUUUUCAGAAGAGCUCUUAAAGCGCCGUGAGACAGAACGAGACUUCUUGAGCCAAUUACUCGAUGGUUCUAAGGUCCAGAAGUACAUCUUACCGGUGACCAUAAAAGCACAGUUGCGCAAGUAUCAACAGGAAGGCGUCAACUGGCUGGCGUUCCUGGCUAAAUAUCAGUUGCAUGGUAUUCUAUGUGAUGAUAUGGGCCUCGGAAAGACUCUCCAAUCGAUUUGCAUUCUCGCCAGCAAGCAUUUUGAACGGGCAGAGAAACAUCAUGAAACUAGUUCCCCAGACUCAGUGCAUCUGCCCUCCCUCAUCAUAUGCCCGCCAACUUUGACGGGUCACUGGUAUUAUGAGAUCCAGAAGUACUCGGACAAUUUGCGGCCAGUGCUCUACACAGGCAAUUCAAGAGAACGUGCUCGAUUACUGUCAAAAUUCCAGUCCUACGACGUCGUUAUCACGUCUUAUGAGGUUGUCCGCAAUGACAUAGCGAAUCUCGAGGGUUACAAGUGGCUGUAUUGCAUAUUGGAUGAAGGUCAUGUCAUCAAGAAUGCGAAGACGAAACUUACAAAGGCCGUCAAGAAUAUUCACGCCCAACAUCGGCUCAUCCUCUCCGGCACCCCAAUACAGAACAACGUUCUCGAGUUGUGGAGUUUAUUCGACUUCCUCAUGCCUGGCUUCCUUGGUUCCGAAUCUUCUUUCAACGAACGUUUCAGCAAGCCUAUCCUUUCCAAUAGGGACGGUAAAUCGAAGAACAGCGAAGCAGCUGCACUUGCACUUGAGGCUCUUCACAAACAAGUCUUGCCGUUCCUUUUGCGACGCUUGAAGGAGGAUGUGCUACAUGAUUUGCCGCCUAAAAUUAUACAGGAUUACUACUGUGAGCUAUCUGAGCUACAGAAGUACCUGUAUGAUGAUUUCGCUCAGUCGAAGGCGCGACUUUCCGCUACGGACAGUGUGAAGGGAACUCAAGGCGCCGGAUCCAAAGAGGAUCAGCAGCACGUCUUCCAAUCGCUUCAGUAUCUCCGGAAAUUAUGCAACCAUCCCGCCCUCGUGCUGAAAUCCAACAAAGACGCCAUAGAUUCUGCCUUCAGCCAUCUUCCUUCAUCCGCAGAGUCCGGAGGCCUUAGCGAUAUCCAGCAUGCACCGAAACUGCUGGCUCUCAGGCAGCUCUUGUUGGACUGUGGCAUCGGUUGCGCUUCGGGUCUUGGUUCUGAUGCACAGAAGAGCGAACUUGGAGAGGCAGAGAAUACUGCAUCAUUCUCUCAGCACAGAGUCUUGAUUUUCUGUCAAAUGAAGCAAAUGUUGGACAUAAUCGAAACCGACCUAUUCAAGACUCACAUGCCAUCGGUGACAUACAUGCGACUGGACGGUGGAACUGAUGCAAAUAAGCGGCAUGCUGUUGUCCAAACAUUCAACGCUGAUCCAAGCAUUGACUGUCUUCUAUUGACUACACAUGUCGGCGGCUUGGGGCUGACCUUAACGGGGGCUGACACAGUCAUCUUUGUCGAGCACGAUUGGAAUCCGAUGAAAGAUCUGCAAGCAAUGGAUCGAGCCCACCGAAUCGGUCAGAAGAAAGUUGUGAACGUGUAUCGCUUGAUCACAAAGGGGACGUUGGAAGAAAAAAUCAUGGGCCUCCAACGCUUUAAACUCAACAUCGCAAAUUCAGUGGUCACCCAACAGAACUCUGGGCUGACAUCCAUGGACACAGACCUUGUACUAGAUUUAUUCCGACGCACGAGUGAGGAGGAACAAGCCCUUGCAUCUGGAAAGGGAAAAGCCAAGGAUCAAUCCGGUCCUGUCUCGCAAAAGAAUGUUUUGCAGGGCUUAGAGGAUUUGCCUGCAGAGGAGGAGUAUGAUGGCUUGGACUUGUCGAGUUUUAUGGGUUCACUUGGUCGUUAG